GAAGCGGAUAUGCGUAGUCAGCUGUUUUGUGUUGGAGUUCCGAGGUCCGGUCGAUGUCAUUACGAAAAAUCUUAUAAAUCAUAUUUGUUUGGAUAAUCAUACGAAUAGCGUGUGUUCGUUUGAAAGCAUGAAAUUCCAAUACAAAGAAGAACAUCCAUUCGAAAAGAGGAAGGCUGAGGGAGAAAAAAUUAGAAAGAAAUACCCGGAUAGAGUUCCAGUGAUUGUGGAGAAAGCCCCAAAGGCAAGGAUUGGUGAUCUGGACAAGAAGAAGUACCUAGUUCCAUCAGACCUGACAGUGGGCCAGUUCUACUUCCUUAUAAGGAAGAGAAUCCACCUGCGUCCUGAGGAUGCCUUGUUCUUCUUUGUCAAUAACGUGAUCCCCCCAACCAGUGCUGCAAUGGGCUGCCUCUACCAGGAGCAUCAUGAGGAGGAUUCCUUCCUGUACAUCGCUUACAGUGAUGAGAAUGUAUAUGGCCAGUAAGCGUGCUUUACUUUUAUGUCUUCUUUCUGAGCAUAAAUAUUCCUGUGAACAUAGGAUGUCUCAGCCCAGCAAGUAAUUCAGAGCAAUAUUAAACUUUAAUUUUAAUAUUUUCAAGAAUAAACAGUUGUCAUAAAGAUAAAAAUACAGUAUUUUCUGUAUUGUUAGAAAUUUCGGUAUUUUGUGUGCACAUACUAGUUUGAACACUUGUUUUCUAUCCUGUCAUUUUAUGUUCCUUACAGCAUGAGAGUCUUUAUCUCUUGCAUUGUGAUUAGAAAAGUUUGAUUUCAAAUUCAACAAUAGCUCUAUGAAACAAGUCUUAACAUGUAUUAUCAUUACAGUUACUAUACUGGAUAGAAUGUACAUAUAUAUAUGGUAAUGUGUAUUGUCAUACAAAUAAAUACUUUUCUUCAUUUGGGA